AACAGAUGGAAGCACUGUUGAGUACAAAAUUAAACAAAUGAAUAGUAAUAUGCGCUGCGGCGAAACAAUGUUUGUCUGCUGAAGUGCUGCAAUGUAGCGUUAGACAAGUAAUAUUAUGUGGGUCGACAUUUCGCCUUGUUCACCAUUUCGUGGUUUUCUUCAACGUUUAAUGUGAAACAUAAAUUCAGUCAUAAGAUAUGUACUGUGAUAUUAACUCAAGAUUGUGUUUUAUAAGGAUCUGCGACAAAUAACACGUAUCUUCAAAUAUUUGUAUCGCGAACUUUUGACCGUCAAUGGUAAUGAGUUUCCACAUUUAUGAGAUGGCGUUAGUAAGAAAAUGGUGGACAACUGAUUAUGCAAAAGAUGUUGUUAGCUCGCUACGUGAAAAAGAGCGUCAGAGGAUUCCAUUCAACUUUCGUUCUCCUCAGAUACAGUACAGAAGUCAUUUAGUUAAAUGGAUCUGCAACAUAGCUGAAGGAUUGAAACUUAGUAGUACAACAGUUCAUUUGGCUAUAUAUAUUCUUGACAUUUUUAUGGAUAACCAUAGUAUUGCCCUGGAAAGUCUGAACUUACUAACAUUAGUAUCUGUCUUGUUAGCAGCAAAAUUUGAGGAGCGGGAUAUAAAUGUACCAAAAGUCUCUGAUAUGAAUGCAUUGAUUGAGAGUCCAUAUCCAGUGGCUGAAUUUCUUGCAAUGGAAUUCAUGACUCUUCAGUUUCUUAAAUGGAGUCUUGUGCACCCAACGGCUGCACAUUUCGCUGAAUUUUAUGUGGUACAUAUCAUUUCACCAGCAGAUUUUAGUUCUGACAAUCAUUUCGAAACUUACAAAGAUCUGCAACAUGCUGCCCAUCACUAUAUGAAAGAAUUUUUGGAUUAUUCUCUUCAAGAUCCAGGGUUUCAUCUUUUUAAUCCAUCUCUUGUUGCUGGGUCAUGCAUUGCUCUAGCACGAAUAAGACUUCGUCUCUCUGAGAAAUGGACACCUGGACUUCUAGAAGUAACGCAGUAUCGCCUCAGUGAUCUGAAACCAUGUAUGGAACUUAUAAUGCGUGUAUACCACUUGAAUCAACCUACCAACAAGGCAGCUGAAGAAAGGAAGAGGAAAUUUACUGAAUCACCAGACCAUGGUUAUGGCACCUGUACUAGUGUAACUAGUAGUCCAGAAACAUCUGGCAGAUCAUGAGAAAGCGAUAUUUAGAACUUUCUAAAGUUCCCAUGAAUACAUGUGCCUUCAAUGUUUAUUGUUUCUGUUAGAUGAAUGAUGUACAAAAGAACUGCAACCAUUAAGGGAAAAAAAUCCUGAUUUAAUUAACUGAAGAGCUUUGAGAAAUUAUAAGUCUUAUUGAUUUCAUCUUGUUUUAACCAGUCUGGUUAAGAAUAGAGUCAUUAAAUUUUUGUUAUUGUUGUUGUUUUGUGUGUUUCCUCAGUGAAGCAAUGUAAAUGUCUACUGCAGCAGUGCUGCAUUUUCAGUAUUAGGAGUAAAAAAUGAUUGAGGUAAAUGAAGUGUGAUAGAAGAGCAUGCCUGUUACAUGUUGGGCUUCUAUAAUAGCAGUGUGGACAUGCAACGCACAUUUUUUUCCUAAUUUAUUUGAUGUGAGAGGUGUAAUGCCUUUGAUCUCUGGUAUUAUAAAUUCUAAGGAGACACAAUGUUACUGUUGAUGUCGGAGAGUACUUUUUUUUAUUGUGUUGACAAUAUUUUCAAUACUGGGCAUUUCUUAGUAUAUGAAUUACUCAAGGAAUUAAUGUUCUUUUCCACUGUACCUGCAAUUUCAUGUACUUGUGUAAGUUAAAAUUUAUGUAAACUUCGGCAAGAGACUGGUAUUUCAAAAUUCACUGUCUCUUUCUUCCCACCACCAAGAAUUGUUUGUGCCAGUAACUUAUUUUUCUCCUCCUCCUCCUGUCUGUUCCUUCUGUGAAGGACUGAUUUUCUAUUAGAUUAAUAACUGUCUGAUCUCAUGGACAUUAAAUUCUCAUUUACAUUCAGUUCUUGAUUCUAAAUCAAGAGAUGAUUGUUUAUGUCCAGUGUACUCAUAUAUAAAUAAAUUUUUAUUUUUAGAAUUGAAAAUACAAACAGUCCCUGUGGGUUGUUCUAAAUGCUCAGUUACUAUUUUUUUAAGUAUUUGAAGUAGCCAUUUAAAAAACAAGUUGUGUGUUUCUGCCUUACGUGGUUGUGUGUUAUUACUGUGAUAUUUUUAUGCUGUGAUGCGACAUUUCUUUUUUUUUUUUUUUUUUCUUCUAUGUACGGUGUUCUUACAAAUCAGUGCUGUAGUUGGAUGAGCUUUUGUGCAAGUUUGUGCAUAACACAUUUCACAUUAUGUCUCAUAUUAGGUGUAUGUUUGGUAAAGAUUAGUCUAUUUACAAAUGUUUUGAUUGCAUCAACUGCUAGACAAUACUCAACUGUUAAGGAUACCUUGUUGAUGCUUUCUUUCUUUCUCCUUCCCAGCUUCUAUUGUUGAAAUUUCUGUCAGAUAUGGCAUUGUUACAUGACAUAUAUUUUAAGAUUGAAUACUAUGAUUUCUUCCCCCACAUUCCUAUGGAAUAUCCAGUACAACCUAAGACUGGCAAUUUACAUAAGACUGUCAAGUUAUUUGGAGUAUAGCUUUAAGAUAAAUAAAUAAUUUUGAAGACUGAGGUUUACUUUAACGUAAUUAUUGAUCAUAUGAUAGUUUCCAUUUGCAGUUUUCAGCACAAUUAAGGUACUGCUCAUUUUUGUUGUCAUGUAAUACUCAAAUAAGGGAAUAAGAAUUAUUUUUGUUCUAAAAGAAUUUCAGGCAAAUACAUGAAAAUGGUAUCAUAGUUGUUGAAAUUUUUGCAUGCAUUUUCUUGAUUUUUAAUGCCUUUAUUGGAGAAUUCCUAUCUUAACUAUAUUUUGUAUGAGAUUUCAGAAGAAUUUUUAUGUUACAAAUUUUGUACAAGUCACUGUU